CGGCAGAACAGCUCGAGGACCGGCCGGCCGGCCGGGAGGAGCGUCCGCCAUGAGGAGGAGUGAGGUGCUGGCCGGGGAGUCUAUCUUGUGUCUCCAGGAGGCUCUGGCUCGCCUGCGCGAGAUUUGGGAGGUGAUCGGGAUCCCUGAGGAGCAGCGCUUCCAGCGGACCGAGGUGGUGAAGAAGCACAUCAAGGGAUUGCUGGACAUGAUGAUCGCAGAAGAGGAGAGCCUGAAAGACAGACUGGUCAAGAGCAUCUCUCUGUGCCAGAAGGAGCUGAGUGCCCUGUGCAGCGAGCUGGGCAUGGAGCCCAUCCAGGAAGAGGGGGAGACAACCAUUCUGCAGCUCGAGAAGGAUCUGCGGACUCAGGUGGAACUGAUGCGGAAGAAGAAGAAGGAGCGGAAGCAAGAACUCAAAGUCCUACAGGAUCAGGAGCAGGAGCUGUGUGAUGUGCUCUGUAUGCCUCACUUUGAUAUCGGUGGUGCUGCGGUCCCCAGCCUUGAGGAGCUGAACCGGUUCCGGCAACACCUAGUGACUCUGAGGGAAACCAAGGUCUCGCGGCAGGAGGAGUUUGUUAGCAUCAAGAGACAGAUCAUACUGUGCAUGGAGGAGCUGGACCACACACCCGACACGAGUUUUGAGCGCGACGUGGUGUGCGAAGAUGAGGAUGCCUUCUGCUUGUCCCUGGAGAACAUCGCUGCACUGCAGAAGCUGCUGCAGCAGCUGGAAACACGCAAGUCACAGAAUGAAGCGGCUUGUGAGGGGCUGCGGACUCGGAUCCGAGAGCUCUGGAACAGGUUGCAGAUCCCUGAAGAAGAGAGGGACACAAUGGCUACGGUUAUGACGGGGUCCAAGAGCAAGGUCCGGAAAGUGCUCCAAUCAGAAGUGGAUCGGUUGGAAGAACUCAAGAGGCAAAACAUAAAGAAGGUGAUUGAGGCCAUCCGAGUGGAACUGGCACAGUACUGGGACAAGUGUUUCUACAGUCAGGAGCAGAGGUGUGCCUUCGCACCAUACUAUGAAGAGGACUACACGGAAGGUCUGCUCCAGCUCCAUGACAUCGAGGUUGUGCAGCUCAGAAACUACUAUGAGGUUCACAAGGAACUCUUUGACGGGAUUAAGAAGUGGGAAGACAGCUGGAGACUUUUCCUUGAGUUUGAGAGAAAAGCUUCAGAUCCCAGUCGAUUUACAAACCGUGGAGGAAAUCUGCUAAAAGAGGAAAAGCAAAGAGCCAAGCUCCAAAAGACCCUCCCUAAGCUGGAAGAGGAACUGAAGGCACAGAUUGAGAUGUGGGAGAAGGAGCAUGAGAGAGAGUUUGUGGUGAAGGGGCAGAAGUUCAUGGAGUACGUGACGGAGCAGUGGGAGCUGCACCGCUUGGAGAAGGAGCGAGCCAAGCAGGAAAGACAACUGAAGAACAGGAUGCAGACGGAGACCGAGAUGCUGUACGGCAGCGCGCCCAGCAAGCGGAGAGGCCUGGUCCCGACCACCCCGAGCAAGGUGCGCAAGCUGAACGCCACCACCCUGUCGAGCGCUGCGGCCAACAGCCCGUGGCCUGGUGUUUCAGGCACGGUGUGUCACUCCCCCGGGUCGUGGUUCCCACCUUCGGGCAGCAAGCUGCUCCCGUCUACCUGCUUGGGGAAGAAAACCCCCCGCACCCCGAGGGGCAGGGCCAACAAGGAGAACCUGGAGCUCAACGACAUUCUGAGCGGUGGGUACCCCAACCCAGCCCCCCUGCAGCGCAACUUCAGCCUUAACUCUGUUGCCAGCACCUACUCUGAGUUUGCGGUAAUUCAAACUUUUCUCCUACCUACCGUCUGCCGGUCUCUGGGUAGCAGCACACAGUUGGGGCGUCUCCCGGGGCUGCAGUGCUGAGGACAGGCUGAGAAUCCCUUCCUUCCCUGACCGUGAGGCGCCCCAGGCCCCCUGCCCUGGCUGCAGGCGCUGCUGCUCUCCUGGUGGGGUUCCCGAUAACAGUCUGAAUUCUUUGUUCUCAGAAGGACCCACCCCUCUCUGACAGCUCCACUGUUGGGCUUCAGGUCUGUAUGGAACCCCUGCAUGUCCCCGUUCCCUUUCCAAACUCACCUGCUGGCUUUGCUCCCAUCUGGCCAUGGGCUCCACUAACCGUAACUGCUGAAGUACUGGCCAGUGUGGACUCCAGACACUGACCGUCUGGCUAAACCCUAAUUUAACAAGAAACUGGCUCAGACUUGAAUUGGAUUCUCAGCCCUACCCCAGCUCAGGUAGACUUUGCUGUGUGUAGCACAACCGGGGCGCCCCAGGUGUAUGCUGC